AUGUCAUCCCCGCGCACAUCAUUCUCUGAUUCUGAUUCUGAGCCUGAGCCUGAUUCGCCUGUACCCUUCUGUCGACCAUGGAAGCACCUCGAGAAUCCAGCUGCCAAGGAGUGGACCCGCGGCCCAAAGGAGAUUCAUAACUAUCCCAACCUGGGAGACUUUGUUGUCUUGUCUAUAAACCCUCUCGCUAGUGUCGCCCAUCUCGACGCUGGCGCCAAACAGGCCGCCAGGUCGAUACCAAGGCGAAAGUAUGUGGCGUUGGCCCUUCAGACGCAUGGCUUGCCCAUUCCUUCGAAGCCCACUCAUCCCUACGACUUUCUAUUUGUCCGUAAAGGCAAACCUCAGCCCAGAUUACCGGAUAUCGAUACGGACAACUCCUGUUUCGCCAUUCUGCCAAACGACAUGCCUAUUCCUGAGCGGCCCACUGUACGACCUGCUCAACCACUGCCAUGGAAUGAUUGCUAUCUGGAUACGACGUACGGAUUUCCGUAUCCUUGUCGGGUGACAUCUACCGGUCGCGACUACACCCCGGUUCUACCUAUGCUCGAUACUGAGAUCAUACGCAUACGGAACAUCCUACAGAAACUCCGUUUUGGGCUGACAGAUAUUCGCAUGGAGAUGGGUGACAAGUGGCCACAGCCCUUCGAUUUCAUUGAUUUGCCCGCUCUCUCGGACGCAUCGGUUCUUCAAGGCGAAGGGAUGGAACCGCGCGAGGCCGCUCAAGCGACUGGGCUCACACUCGAAGCAACUACUCCGGUGCACCCAGAUGCAGACGACGCGUCUAUCAUCGGCAGCGACGAUGGCAGCCAGAGCGAAGCUCAUGAGGAGCCUCCACCUGAUGGUGAUGGCGAGGAAGGACUCGAAACAUUCCUUGCCUUCGAAUCCAUGAUGAACGACGUCGGCGACCUUCGUGAUCCUGUGGUUGACGUCUGGUAUGAUCUCGACGUGGUCACGGAGAUAGUAGACCCUGUUCACUUCUUGGAAGACAUGAAGCGUUUAACCAUUAUCAUGGACGAGGCAGAAAUGCGCCUGGGGCGACACCCAGAUCCAAUUGUGGAAGACAAUGCGUCGGAUUCCGAGCAAUCGAGCUUACAGGAAGGUCAUGGCGGCCGUCAUUCCGUAGAGCACUCGUCAGAUCUUGGGACAGAUCCCGCUAGUACUCGAACACAACCAGGAACCUGGGUAGAAUCGUCCCGUCCUCGGUUAGGUUCUACAACCUCGAAACUAUUUCUACGCGCUCGUACCCUCUUAUACAAGCUCGGGAUUGUGCGCUUCGGCAAGCCACCUGCUUCCAGGUCCAAGUCGGGACUGUGA